UGUGUUUUAAAGUUGGUUGCAAAUCACGCGUGGUUGUAGUACAGUUGCUUAAGUCACCUUAAAGCCACUUCUUUAUAUAGUCGCUGAUAAAAAAUACGACAGGGUUUUAGUUGGCCAAUAUAAUUUAUCUAUAAAUAUGUGUUCCAUAAUAAUAUUUCAAACGUUAUAGAAUGAAAUAUCUUUUAAGUAAAGAAAUAUUCGGUAUUCCAAUUGGUAUUUAAAUUACGAAUGCUAGUAUUUUAUCGUAAUCGCGUGUCACAUAGUUCAAUACAAUUGUCGAAACAGAUCUCUAGCCCUUUCUUGUUGUAACAUUGAAUAUUGAACAUUGAACAUUUGUACAUUAUCACGAAAAUAUAUUUUUUUUUCGUUAAAUUAUUCGUGCAAUAAUAUUUAUUACUAAUACGAUGUUAUAUUGAAUGAAUUUAUUUAUCAUUAUUUCUUUUAAUUGUACUUAAUAACAUUAAUUAUGGCGAAUGAAGUACAAAUGAACGAAGAAUUGGAACCUGUCUCCAACGCCAUGAAUGUAGACAAAUCGGUUGUUGAAGAAUUGGCAGAGGCAAAGAAAGAAAUAGCAAAUCAAUAUUAUUCUUUGAAACAAUAUAAAAAAGCAUUAACUGGAUACAAUGAAGUUAUUGAGAUGUGUUCAGAUGAACCACGUUAUUAUGGUAACAGAGCAGCUUGUUAUAUGAUGCUUGGCCUAUAUCGUAACGCUUUAGUUGACGCUAAAAAAUGCAUUGAAUUGGACCCAUUGUUUCUCAAAGCAUACAUCAGGGUUAUCAAAUGUUCAUUGAUUUUGGGUGAUAUCAUAGAAGCUGAAACUAAUAUAUCUAAACUUUUGAAAUUAGAUCCUGAUAAUACGUCUGUAGCUUCUGAACAAAAGGAUUUAGAGUAUAUACAGAAGUAUCUUAAGGAUGCGGAUACUGCUUACGCAGUGAAAGAUUUCCGUAAGGUUGUAUAUUGUAUGGAUCGAUGUUGCGAUGUUAGUACAUCGUGCACAAGAUUUAAAUUAAUCAAAGCUGAAUGUCUCGCAUUUUUAGGAAGAUACGAAGAAGCACAAGAAAUUGCCAAUGACGUUUUGCACAUUGAUAAACAAAAUGCGGAUGCUAUUUAUAUUCGUGGUAUGUGUUUGUAUUUCCAAGAUAACGUUGAUAGAGCUUUCGCACAUUUUCAACAAGUAUUAAGAUUAGCACCUGAUCACGAUAAGGCAUUGGAAAUUUAUAAGAGAGCGAAAGCUUUAAAAAAGAAAAAAGAAGAUGGGAAUGCAGCAUUUAAAAUGAAACGCUAUCAAGAAGCUUACAAUUUAUUUACAGAGGCUUUAACUAUAGAUCCUCAAAAUAUUAUGACCAAUGCUAAACUUCAUUUUAAUAAAGCAACAGCAGCUAUUAAAUUAGGAAGAGUGAAGGAAUCGAUAACAGAAUGCACAGAAGCUUUAAAACUCGAUGAAAAUUAUCUUAAAGCUUUGCUUAGGAGAGGAUCAUCUUAUUUGGAAUUAAAUGAAUACGAAGAUGCUGUUCGUGAUUUUGAGAAAGCGUGUAAAAUAGAUAACAGUCGUGAAAAUAAGAGAUUCCUUAUGGGAGCGAAAAUGGCUUUGAAAAAAUCGAAAAGGAAAGACUAUUAUAAAAUAUUAGGUAUCGAUAAAAACGCAUCAACUGAUGAUAUUAAAAAAGCAUAUAGGAAACGGGCUAUGGUCCAUCAUCCAGAUCGACAUGCUAAUGCAACUGAAGGGGAAAAGAAGGAACAAGAAAAGAAGUUUAAAGAAGUUGGAGAAGCGUAUGGUAUUCUAUCGGAUCCGAAGAAACGUUUGCGUUAUGAUAGUGGCCAUGACAUUGAUGACAGUGAUAACAAUAUGCAAGACAUGGAUACUCGUGGAAUGUUCCCAACGUUCUUUCCUCCAGACGCAGGCUUUCAAUUUCGAACUGAAUUUUACAAUGGCUACAGUUUUCAUUUGGGUUAAUAACAUUCCAAAGUGCAUCAUGAUAUCAUAGUAUAUCGUAUUAUAAUACUUUAGUUUAUUUGAUAUAAAAAAAUAUAAUGUUUUUCCCUUUGCAGUUGUAUUAAUUAUAUAUUUAUUGGUCUUGACAUUUAGAUCAUCAUUAUGUACAAAGUCGUAUAAUGUAGUAGAUUAUUUUGCAUAAAUUUUGCUUUUUACAUGUUUUUAAUUCGUGAAAACACAUAAACAAGAAAAUUAAAUAAAA